ACUCAAAGUCAUUUCAAUCACUCUUAUUAGGUGAUCUUUUUGUAACUUUAAGAAAGUUAUUGUAUUGUUCAUCAUGGCACCACAUGGAGAGACUAUUGCUAGCUCUUACACUAGGAGCAACAGCAUCUCCCAGCCAACAAGACUCUCAUCCGAUAGCCUUCAAAGAACAGUUUCAGAUAUUUCAUUCGAACUUAGCAAAGAAGUGAUUGACGAGUUAACACUCCCACCAAUAUCUGAGGUUCAAGAUGCAAGGUGCGAGUGCUGUGGCAUGUGCGAGGAGUGCACGCCAGAGUACAUUGAGAAGGUGCGAAGCAAGUUCUCCGGGAAGUGGAUAUGUGGGCUCUGUGCUGAAGCAGUGAAGGAAGAGGUGGAGAAGAAUGGAGGGAAGGGAGAAGAGGCUUUGAAUGCACAUACGAGUGCCUGUGCUAGGUUUAACAAGUGUGGUAGGGCUUAUCCAGUUUUGUUCCAAGCUGAGGCCAUGAGAGAAUUGCUGAAGAAGAGCAAAUUGGAAGGGAGAGGAGUGAGGGCCAAGUCUAUUAGUCCUAGAAACAAAGAAGGGCUAAAGAAGGGUGGGAUUGCUAGGAGUUCAAGUUGCAUUUCAGCAAUCACAAGGGAGAUGAAUGAUCUCACCAUUGGCAAUUGAGUCUCCUAAAUGGGUUUAAGUGAUAGUAUAGUAAUAGUAACACACUCUAUAGUGUUAGAGGCCCCACCAUCCCCUUCCUACUA